AUGGCAAACAACGAGGCGACACAAAAGCCACCUUUGACCGGCUUAAAGGUCCUCGAAUUGGCUGGUACUGUCAUAGGUCCGUUCACUGGCAUGGUCCUCGCGGAUCUAGGCUGCGACGUCGUUAGAAUCGAUCCACCCAGCUCGAAAAAGAACAGUCCCUGGAUUGAUUCACUUUGCCGUCGCAAAAGCUCCGUCGUUGUCGACUUCGCAUCGCCUAGUUCCCUUCAGGCCUUCUUCGAUCUGCUGACAGUUGCGGAUAUUCUGAUCGAUCCGUAUCGGCCAGGCGCCUUUGAACGCUCGAUAGGGAUGAAUGCAGAGGAACUGUGCCGACAAUUCCCUCGUCUGGUGUAUGCGCGUAUAAACGGGUUUGCGCACGACGAUCAAACAUAUAGCCACGCUGUCGGCCAUGAAGGAAAUUAUAUCGCCGUGUCGGGCGGGUUGCCGUCCCUGCAGCAUAUGCGCGGUAAGAAUGGGGUGUUGUUUAAACCCACAACAAAUUAUUUGGCCGACUUUGGCCCUGGGAGUAUGGCGUGCAUAGUCGGCAUUCUCUGUGCGCUGAUGCAGCGGUCUGUCUCGGGCAGGGGUCAGGUUGUCGAUGCCAGCGUGCAGCAGGGCACGGCUUACAUGUCGAUAUUCCCAAGACAACGAAGAGAACAUGCAGAGCAAGCGACGACGGGUGAGCCAUCGCUCGAUACGGAUCAUGCGCCAUAUUAUGAUAUUUACCGGCUUGAUCCUGCAGUCAUGCCUGGACGCGAUGACCGGAGCAAUUGGCCUGCUUUGAGAGAGGUUUUGGGGGAGAAGUUUGCUUCUGAAACGCAGAAGCAUUGGAGGUCGGUGUUUGAUGGGGCAAAUGCUUGUGUUAGCCCGAUCUUGGAUUUCGAUGAUGCGGGCGUUGAUCUCGGCCGGCCAUUGGUACAAUUGAGUGAGACGCCGUCGUUACCAAUACCGAAGGAGCAUGGGAUUCCGUCCUUGGGCCUGGGAGAAGGUAGUGCCGAUGCAUGUCGACGAUGGUUGGGGAAAAGGACGGACCUGGUCAUUGAUAGCUCGAGUUUCAUUCUCAAAAAGAACAAUGGACGAGGGUUGAAAUCCAAGCUGUGA